AUGUUUUUUGGUGGCGUUGACGAUCCGAAAAAACUCAAUUCGUUUCUGUGGCGUCUACAGGGUGACCCUCCGUCUUAUUUGUUCGGCACAAUCCACGUACCCUACACCAAAGUGUGGGACUUCAUUCCCGACAACACCAAGCAAGCUUUCGAGCAGGCUGACUACGUCUUCUUUGAGCUUGACCUCACUGACCCAUACACGAUUUCAGCCUUAGCCAAGUGCCAGUUGUUGCCCCAUGGCGAGAACCUGUCCGACGUACUCCCGGAGGAUAUUUACCAUCGUCUCAAACAACAUCUGGAUUACGUGAAAUUCAUGAUGCCUGCCUGGGUGACGGACGAUCAAAAAGGCCGCGGACUUUAUGGGGAUUACCUGUUCAAUGCCAUUGCCGGCAACUGGGAGAGGAAGCGGCCAGUUUGGAUCAUGCUAAUGGUCAACUCGCUAACAGAGAGCGAUGUCAAGGCCCGUGGAAUUCCCGUUUUGGAUUUGUACUUAGCCCAGGAGGCGGAACGAUUAAAUAAAAUCAAUGGAGCUGUAGAGAAAGUUGAGGAGCAAUGCGUUCCUCUUAAUGAACUCAACUUCUCACAGAGGAAGGGGAGAGAAGGAAAUGAAUUGACAGUGACACCAAAAGAAAAAAAAAACACUCUCUCUCUCUUACAAACUCUGUCUUUCCACCUCUCCCUCUUUCCACCUCUCCCUCUUUCCACCUCUCCCUCUUUCCACCUCUCCCUCUUUCCACCUCUCCCUCUUUCCACCUCUCUUUUUAUUCCCCCACCUUUCAUUUUUGUUCUUUCUCACCCAUUUUUUCCCCUCUUUGUUUCUUUCCUUCUUUCUCUUUUAACUUUUUCUCCGCCCUUUUCUUUCUCAGUUGGACGUGCCUUCAUUUAUCUGUCUGACCUCCCCUUCGUUAUUUUCAUCCUCCCGCCCCUCUUUUUCUUUUAUGCGUCUAUCUCUGACUUCCUCCGGAAUAUCAGCCUCUAUUUUCAGGCCAGGAAGAUAUCCGUAAAUAUCGUUCUAUUUCUUUUCCCCAUUUCUCACAUUUUUUUUAUUUCUCGUAUCUAUCUAUCUAUCUAUCUAUCUAUCUAUCUAUCUAUACUCAGUAUCUAUCUAUACUCAGUAUCUAUCUCUAUUCCCGCCGUAGAUUGUCUGGAAGUAGGUCGUGGUUGUUCACAACGGGAACAUGGCCGAAUAAGACCGAAACCACUGACUUUAACGAAACCUGUGCCACUUCACUGCAAACAGGAUUUUCUUUUUCUUUAUCGAGUGACAAAUCCUAACUCGUUCUUUUAUUUUUCCCGUUCUCUGUCCCCUCUCUCUCACUCUCACUCACUCACACUCUCCCUCUCCCUAUCUCUCUCUCCCUUUCCCUCUUUCUCACUCCCUAUCUCUCACUCACACUCUCCCUCUCUCUCUCACUCUCCCUCUUCAUCCCUGUCAUUCUCCCUCUCUCUCUCUUCCUCACUCCCUAUCUCUCACUCUCCAUCUCCUUCUCUCUCACUCUCUCUUUCUCUCCCUCUCACUCUUUCUCCCUCUCCCUCUCUCUCUUUCCCUAUCUCUCCCUCCCCCUAUCUCUCACUGUCUCUCACUCUUCCUAUCUCUCCCUCUCAAUCUCCCUCUCUCUCACUCUCCCUAUCUCUCAAUCUCCCUCUCUCUCUCCCUAUCUCUCACUCUCCCUCUCUCUCUCUCCCUAUCUCUUUCACUUUCCCUCUCACUCCCUCUUUCUCACUCCCUAUCUCUCUCACUCUCUCUCCCUAUCUCUCACUCUCCCUCUCUCUCUCCAUAUCUCUCUCACUUUCCCUCUCGCUCCCUCUCCCUCUUUCUCACUCCCUAUCUCUCUCUGUCUCUCCCUCUCUCUCACUCUCCCUAUAUCUCCCUCUCUCUAUUUCUCCCUCUCCCUCUCUCUCAAUCUCUCCCUCUCUCUCAAUCUCUCCCUAUCUCUCACUCUCCCUAUAUCUCCCUCUCACUAUCUCUCACUCUCCCCCUCUCUUUGUCAGCUCUUAA